AGACUAUUUCCAAAUAGAAACCCGACAUCCUUCCCUCCAAGAACUUCUCACCUUACUCUUGGGGAAGACUCGAACUCACAACCUCUCAGUUGUAAGUGGAGCAACCCCUGUCUUUCAGAUGGCUUUGAAAAAUGGUAGGUGAAGUAGAAAAUUCAAGAAAUACAAGUAUACUUAAUGCAUGUUUAUGAAGAAGGAAUUAAAGGCAGAAGGAAAAGGAGGGCCUUAAAUAUUGAAGUUUUAAGAGGAAAAGGAAUCGGUCUUCUCCCCCGCCCCGCGUGGAAAGCUGUCUUGUUUCACCUAAUAGGGCGCUGCGCUAUAUAUACACAGAGUAGCACCCACAAAUAUCAUUCAAUUCUCUCAUUUUCUUCAUUUCCAUCAAUCCAAGGUAAAAAUGAGUGAUGAUCAGGUAUCCCAACAUAGACGCGCCCCUCGCUUGAAUGAGAGGAUCCUCUCAUCAUUGUCCAGGAGGUCUGUUGCUGCUCAUCCUUGGCACGAUCUCGAGAUUGGACCUGAAGCUCCAAAGGUUUUCAAUGUUGUCAUUGAGAUUUCAAAAGGUAGUAAAGUCAAAUACGAGCUUGACAAGAAAACUGGUCUCAUUAAGGUUGAUCGUGUCCUAUACUCAUCAAUGGUGUACCCCCAGAACUAUGGCUUCAUUCCUCGGACAUUAUGUGAAGAUAAUGACCCCAUGGAUGUACUAGUCCUAAUGCAGGAGCCUGUCCUCCCAGGUUGUUUCCUUCGAGCUAGGGCCAUAGGUCUGAUGCCUAUGAUUGAUCAGGGUGAGAAGGAUGAUAAAAUAAUUGCCGUGUGCGCUGAUGAUCCAGAGUAUCGCCACUACACUGAUAUCAACCAGCUUGCCCCUCACCGCCUGGCAGAAAUCCGCCGCUUCUUUGAAGACUAUAAGAAGCUUGAGAACAAGGAGGUUGCUGUUAACGAGUUCCUGCCUCCAAAUACUGCUGUCGAUGCCAUCCAGUACUCCAUGGACCUUUAUGCUGAAUACAUAUUACAGACACUGAGAAAGUAAUUGGAUGUAUUAUGGAGCAUUCUGCCAAAGUUUUAAUUGGUAUUAUUGAAAGUGAGACUGUUGGAAGUCAUUGGAAUGAUUUAGCUACCGUUUUGCUGAGGAUCAUCCUCUGCUGCAGCUAGAUUGUUGUGUUUUCUUUUCAUAUUUUUUUAAUAUUUGUUUUUGACAAUUUGCUGGGAAAGGGGGGGUUAAUAUGUUAUUUCGGAAUUAACACAUUCGAUAUAAUUCAUUUGGGACAUGAACACAAUGUUUGUACUUC